ACUUCUGCUCGUCACUCUGCAGCAGCUCCUCAGCCUUCCUCUCUGUGUUUUCUCUCUAACUUUGGCUGCAGCAGCACGGUGACAGAAAUCCUCACCGAUCAGGAUCCGGCAGAGCUUUCGUUCUGCUUGUUUUCUGGCUGGAGAGUUCGCAGGAGCAGCGUGGGAGAAGAUGCUGAGGCGAAAGCCCUCAAACGCUUCGGAGAAGGAGAAGGAGCAGGUGCAGAAGAAAAAGCUCACCCUGCAGAGGUCCAGCAGCUUCAAGGACUUCAUGAAGCCCAAGCCCACCUCGCCCGUCGUGGCCGACAAGGAGUUCAGCUUGGAGGAGAACCCGGCGGAGGGCCUGACGGCAGACGAGGCAGUGAAAAGCGGCAGCAAGCUGGGAAAGAAGUGGCGUAACGUCAUCUCCCGCACAAUGACCCGCAAAACAUCCAAGAUGGUGCAGAAAGCUCUGGCUGAAGAAGGGGGGGAGAGCGGGGAGGAGCUGUCUCCCGUCUCCUCGGACUUUCUCCCAGACCUGAAUGCAGGUCAGAGGACGUCCGUGUGCUCGUCGGGCUCCGAGGACACGAUGCCGAGCCCCGUCUCCCGCCAGCUCUCGGGCAGCAGCGACAGACAGAGUCUGGACAGCGGCUACAGUCAGAGGGACAGCAUGAGGCUGGAGGACAACGGCACCUCAUACACCGGGCCGUUCUGCGGCCGCGCUCUGGUCCACACCGACUUCACGCCCAGUCCCUACGACGUGGACUCCCUCAAACUGCAGAAAGGAGACAUCAUCCACAUCAUCGAGAAGCCGCCGGUGGGCACCUGGAGCGGGAAGCUCAACAACAAGGUGGGCUCCUUCAAGUUCAUCUACGUCAACCUGCUGCCCGAAGACAGCCCUCCUGUCAGGAGGAGGCGGUGCGACAGUAAGACCCGCAGGGGGAACUCCAAACCCAAGACCCUGGAGGAGGUGCUGGACAGCAUGGGCCUGUCGGAGCUGGGCUCGCUGCUGUCCAUGCACGGCUUCCAGAGCCUGGAGGACUUCUCGGGUCUGAGAGCGUCUCACCUGAACGAGCUGAACAUCACCGACCCGGAGCAGCGCGCCAAGAUCCUGAACGCCACCGAGCUGCUCAGAGACUCUGAAGAGGAGUCUGAGCCCGAGGAGGACGUCAAGGAGCCGAGGGACUCCGGCUGCUUCGAGAGCUCAGAGAACCUGGAGAACAUCCGCGAGGAGCCGAAGACGGAGGAGGAGGAGGCGGAGAAGGACGGGCGGCUGGAGGCGGUGCAGGAGCAGCUGCAGGAGCUGAACAUAGACGAAGGGUCCUGAGAAGUCACUUCUGGAUCUGAGGGAAGCUGGACGCAAUUUCAAUCCCCUUAAGGUCUCUUUUGGGGGAAGAGGCCGGACUAUUGACAGCGGUGGAUCCUGAAACCCGGACGAGCAUCGGGGGUCUCAGUCUGACGGAUCACUCGGUAAAGCAAGAAGCACAAGUUACUGCAUCGCUCACAGACUUUUAAAGAAAGAGGCUUUUAUCUUGAAUUACGCUGGUGUCGUGAACUGUCUUAUUACGAUGUAAUUAUUAAGCGUUUCUUGUGUGUGUGUUUGUUUGUGUGUGUGUAUAGUUGUCUCAAAUGUUUCCAGUUCUCAUUUAAACAAGAAUGUUGAAACUUAUUUUUUUCCUUUUUCCUUACACUGAGUUGUGUUACCAUAAUAUUGUGUAUAUAGAGUUUCAAUAAACACAGAUUAUUGUGAAUGUA